CCGUCCCACAGCUCUUCCACUCCGCUCAGGGGCUGCGAGGCGCGGCUCUGCAGCGACGCGACCCGGCGGCUGGAAGGGGGGGCGCUGAUUUGCCUCCUGCGCGCAUUCCGCGCCGAAACUUGUGGGAGGGGCAGAUAUGGAGAAAAAUUCUUCCAACAUGAUCCCUCUUGCUGAAAACUCUCCUAAUAAACAAGAGACUGUAUGUAUUUUUGGAACCGGAGAUUUUGGAAGAUCUCUGGGGUAUAAAAUGCUCCAGUGUGGCUAUUCAAUAGUGUUUGGAAGCCGAAAUGCACAAACUUCCAGCCUGAUUCCCAAAGGUGCAGAGGUACUGAGCCAUGGAGAGGCUGCACACAAGGCUGACAUUAUUAUUGUAGCAAUUCAGCGACAACAUUACAACUUUCUCACAGAGUUAAGUGACGUUCUCCAUGGAAAAGUAUUGGUGGAUGUAAGCAACAACCUCAAAAUAAACCAGUACCCUGAAUCCAAUGCAGAAUACCUUGCUCAGCUGGUGCCAGGCGCUAAGGUAGUGAAAGCAUUUAACACCGUGUCAGCAUGGGCCUUGCAGUCAGGCACAUUGGAUGCAAGCAGACAGGUGUUUAUCUGUGGAAAUGACAACAAAGCCAAACAAAUGGUGAUGGAUAUUGUUCGGACUCUUGGUCUUACACCAUUGGAUCAAGGCUCUCUCGUGGCAGCCAAAGAAAUAGAAAAUUACCCACUGCAGCUCUUUCCAAUGUGGAAGUUUCCCAUCUACUUGGCUAUUGGUCUAAGUGUAUUUUUUUUCUUCUACUGUUUGAUCCGUGAGGUAAUCUACCCCUACGUAUAUGAAAACAAAGACGUCUCAUUUUUUAUUGCAAUUACCAUUCCAAAUCGAGUCUGCCCCAUAGUGGCACUCAUCCUUCUUGCUUUGGUUUACCUUCCUGGCAUAAUUGCUGCAAUUCUCCAGUUACACAGAGGUACAAAAUACAGUCGUUUCCCAGACUGGCUGGACAAAUGGAUGCUCUGUAGGAAACAGCUUGGAUUAGUAGCCUUGGUUUUUGCUUUUCUACAUGUUUUAUACACUCUUGUUAUCCCUAUUCGCUAUUAUGUAAGAUGGAGAAUAAAUGUUUACGUCAUAUCUCAGGUAAAGGACAACAGAACAGAUCCAUUUUACAACACUAAUGGCUGGAUUAGUGACUCUUACGUGGCUUUAGGUAUUCUGGGAUUUUUUCUAUUUAUAUUGCUGGGAAUAACUUCCUUGCCCUCAGUCAGCAACAGUGUCAACUGGAGAGAAUUUCGAUUUGUACAGUCCAAACUGGGAUACCUGACACUGAUUUUAUGCACUGCACAUACGCUGGUCUAUGGUGGAAAGAGAUUCUUGAGCCCUUCGAUGUAUAAAUGGUAUCUUCCUGCUGCAUAUAUGCUUUCUCUCAUUGUUCCUUGCUUUGUCCUGGCUAUAAAAUUUGUUCUGAUAUUCCCAUGUAUAGACCGACCACUUACACAAAUUCGACAGGGCUGGGAGAGGAACUCCAAAGGUUCAGAACAAUCACACUACAAUGAUAGCAAGUCAGCAGUAUAAUCACUUAAACAUUUGUAUUUCGUUGCAAUGUCUCAAAGAUUUAAACUUUUAAAGUAUUAAAGUAUUGUCCUUUUCCAUUUUUGUGUGUGGGAAAAGGCCAAAAGGAGAAUAUUUUACCAGGCCCAAACAAUUUAUCAAUAUAAAAAAUGAUCCAGGAUCAAUCUUAAACACAAAGCCAGAAGCCACUGGGAAUGCUCUGUGAUCCAAGAGCACUAUCUCCUUCUCCCUAUAAACUAUGUUCCUUCUCAGUCUCCAGGCAUCAAGAAGAAACUCUGCCUGAUUUCCUUCCUUUUGUCAGUGCAGAGUACCACUCUGCAUAGGGCACCAUCAAUUGUUAGGCUGGCCCAGCCUGGACCAUGGGCAGAGAGGAGCUCAGCUCUUUGAUGACUUUGCUUGCCCUAUAUUUACCUCUGUUUCAACAGAGGUCUCUAGCUAUACCCCACAUAUACCUUAAAGAUAGCUGGUUAAGGUUUGGUUUUUGUACAGAAAUGUUAUUGUUGGAAGUGGUUGGGCCAGUGAUCCUUGGUGCACUGGACUACUAUAAACUCAGGCAUUGGGCUCCUGGGGAAGGAAGGAAGAGGGAGAGUUUCCAAAGUCAUUUGGUAAGGAAAGUGCUGUCAGGAAAAAACAGACUUUGGUUAUGGUGGUUAGAAAUAUGUGCUUCUCCAUCUAGGCUACGUCUACACUGGCAUCCCUUCCGGAAAAGGGAUGCUAAUGUAGCACGUUGGAAUAGGCAAAUCUGCGGGGGAUUUAAAUAUUCCCCACAGCAUUUGCAUUAACAUGGCUGCCACUUUUUUCCGGCUUGGGGAAAAGCCAGAGAAAAGCGCCAGUCUAGACGUUAUUCUCUGGAAAAUAAAGCCUUUUCCGGAGGAUUUCUUAUUCCUACUUGAAAGUAGGAAAUUAACACAGGUAGCCAUUUUGCUUAAUAUGAACUUGUAGCCCAAUUUGUUUAGAGUAUGUCUGUAAUGAGUUAUAAUCAUAGAUGUAAUACGCUACUGUAUUGGAAUUUUGUGUUAUAAGCUCAAUAAAGAUGAGAUCUUUUGCUUUCAAAAAUCCUUGGGUUCAGUAUGACCUACUGUUGCUCAGCAGCACUUGUACUGUGCAUA